AUGAAAUCAAAACCGAAAAGUCUUUUGGAAAGUUUGAAUGAACAAUUAAUUGAAUUAGAGGAAGAAGAAGAAGAUGAAAAAAAUGAAUUAUACGGACUUGAUAAUUUUAAUUAUAAUUAGUUUCAAGAAUAAAAAUAUGAUAAGUAUGAACAAAAUACAAAAUCAAAAGAAUAAAUUAGAUGGGAAGAUAUUAAAUAUGUAAAUAAUGAGAAAUUGUCUGAUAUAUAAGAAGCAGCUGAAGAGAGUGUUGCUUCAUAAGUUAAAGAGAAUGAAAUAUUUAAUUUGGAUUAUGAAAUACCUGUAUUAAUGUUAGAUGAUGAUAGUUAAAUAAGUCAAAGUAAAAAAAUUAAAUUAGAUGGUUUAAAUAAUUAUCUUAAAUCUAAAGAAAAGGAGAGAUAAUAGGUAGAAUAACAAUUUUAAAGGAUUGUAUAAUAAAAAACUUAAGAAUUAAUUUAAGAAUCAAAAAAAGAGGAAUUGAUGAAAAAAAUAUAAAAAUAAAGUAUUCCUUCUAAAUUGUAGUAGAAAGUAUAAUCAUUAUUUUAAUAAUGUGAUAUUGAAGUAGAUCCAAUUAAUAUUGUUUAAUAAAAUAUUACUACAAAUACACCAUCUUUAAAUAAGAAAAAACAUAAUGAUAAUGAAUAAGUGAGUAAAUUGAAGGAAGAAACAUUGAAUCUCAAAAACCUAUUAAAUGAAUAUAAAUAACGAUAUAAUUAAGAUUAAGAAUUAAUUAAAACACUUAAAGUUACUAUUUAGAAAGGAGAUAACAAUUAAUCAAGAGCUAGUUGUUCAACUAAAGCUAGCAAAACAGAUGAUAUAAUUAAUGAAAAUGAAUAAUUGAAAUAAGAUAUGAUUAUCUUAAAAUAAUAACAUUAAAAAGAUAUAGAAUCAUUAAAAUAAUAAUUAUCAAGAGUUUAGAAGAUAUAAGUAGGAUGUCAAUAAAAAUAAUAGAAAGAUUAAGUUAUACCAGAUAAAACUAAAGAAGAAAUUACAAAAUUAUAAGCAGAAAAAGCAUAAUAGGGUUCAGAUUUUAGAAAUAAAUUAAAUGAAGCUAAUUUAAAAAUCUAAUAAAAGGAUUAAGAAUUAGAUAAAUUAAAAAAACAAAUUAAAACUAUGUAGGAAUAAAAAGAAUAACCAGAUAAAUAAUAGAUUGUUAUUGAAGAUUUAAAAUCAUAAAUAUAAAAGUUAAAUUAAUAUAUUGAAGAAAUAAAAUAGAAGUAUUUAUUUGAUAAUUAAAUUAAAUUAUUAUUCCCAAAAUAAUAAGAUAAUGUUUUAGCUGUUUUAAAUAUAUUCUACAAAUUAGAAAAUACUAAAAAUCUAAUCAAUUUUAUUAAAACUAAAUUUAAUAUUGCAUUUACAUAUGUCUAUUCAAAAAUCUAUAAUGUUUACAAAUGGGUUAAAUAAAUGAUAAAAUUUAAAUGGACAAAAUAAAUUGUACAUCAUCCUGAUAAUUAAUAACUUUUAAAAGAAGCCAUAUAAAAAAUAAGAGCCAAUCCAACUGUUUUAGAAGCUGAAAAUUAAAAAUUAACUAAGACUUUGAUGUAGCUAGGUUAAGAGAAUAAGGAUCUUUAAGAAAAAUUAUCAUUAUUAUAAUCUUAAUACAAUGAGAAAAUGGAAAUUUAUGGUUAAUUAGAUGAUUUAGUUAAAGUAGAUAAAAUUUAAUUAGCAAAUUAAUUAAUGAUGCGCAUACUCAAAAAAGAGGCUGAAGAUAGAAAAAAUGAUGAGUAAAUAGAAUACCCUGAAUUAAAAAUUGUUAAAGUAUUUAAAUUUCAAUAUUUAGAAAUACGCUGAAUUGAUUAUGUAAUCAACUCUUCCUCAAAAUCCAAAGUCACAAUCACCUAAAUAGAAUAAAAAUAUUAAAGUUGUUCCAUCACUAUAAGGAAUCAAUAAUGUAUAGGUCUCUAAACCUGUUACUAAAUGUGGACAUAUAGAAAGACACUAAAAAAGAGAUUAAAAACCUACUAAAGGGUAAUAUUAUAAUAAAUGA